CACCAUGGCACCCCUUAAGACCGUCCUGAUCACCGGCUGCUCCGCCAACGGCAUCGGAUCGGCCCUGGCCGAGGCCCUCGCCAAUCAAGGCCACCACGUCUUCGCCACUGCGCGCUCACCUUCCAAGAUUCCAUCGUCUCUCACCACUCUGUCCAAUGUCACCCCUCUCCAGCUCGACGUCACCUCACCAGAAUCCGUAGCUGCAGCCGUUCAAGCGGUGGAGCAGCACGGAGAAGGCCUCGAUAUUCUCAUAAACAAUGCAGGCUCCGGUUACACCAUGCCGCUGCUGGACAUCGACCUCGCCCAGGCUCAGCAGGUCUACGAGACCAACAUCUGGGGUCCGCUGCGCCUCAUACAAGCCGUAGCACCAUUGCUACUAUCCCGCGGAGGACGCGUCGUCAACAUAAGCAGCGUGGGUGCCGUAGUCCCCACGCCAUGGAUCGGUAUCUACUCAUCCUCGAAAUCCGCCCUGAGCAAUCUCUCCGAGACUCUGCGACUCGAACUCGCGCCACUAGGCGUAUCCGUGGCCACGCUCAUGAUCGGCACCGUCACGACGCCCUUCCACGCAAACGAGCCCACAUUCACCCUCCCGCCAAGCUCACGGUAUGCAGCUAUCGCCCAGACCAUCUCCCGCUGGGCAUCGGGUGAGGCGAGUCCUAAGGGAUGCUCGGCACAGGAACUGGCGGAUUUGAUUCUGCCUGAUGUACUGGGUACGACAGGAAAUGGCAUGUUCUGGCGCGGGCCAAAUAGUGGCGCGGUGAAGUUUGUUUCUCAAUGGGUGCCAGGGUGGUUAGCUGAUCGCAUGAUGAGCACUGGCCAGGGGUUGGAUGAGCUCGCCGCGAGUCAAUCGAAGUGAAGGAAGAGCCAGUCGGGUGUGAUUGUCCGGCUAUUUGCAAGAUCCAAGAACUUAUUUG